AUGCUCAGAUCAAGGCCAGCCACCGCGCUCACACGGCAGACAGCAGGAUGUACAUGCAGUCGAUCGCGUCCGAGCAUGACAAAGCCGUUCGUCAGUGCAUUCGCAACAGCAUCAGCCGGUCCAUCCUCAUCAUCGACCCCUCAUCCUCCUCGAGCGAGACGCUUCAACGACACGGUCGAGCUGCCAAGGGUCCAAUCACGCUUUCCAGUCUAUGCCGGCUUCGCGAUCGUCUUUGUUUCCUCAUGGGUCGCCUUUGUCAUGUAUGCGAUGAAUGCCGAAAAGGCAGCUUCAUCGGUGGUACGAACGCUCAGUUUCAACCUCAAGACGUCGCCAGACGUCAGGGCCGCCCUCGGAGACGAUGUCAGGCCUGUCAACAGCAUCUUCGGCGAACCUUGGAUUUCAGGUAACAUUGGACUCCUCAGCGGAUCUGUCGACAUACAUUUCCGCGUCCAGGGCAGCCGGGACGGAGGGACGGCUUACUUUACUUCAAUCAGACGCACACAGUCGUCACCCUUUGAGAUCCUCACGUGGAAGAUCAUCAAAGACUCGGGAGAGGUCAUCCAAUUGAUACAACAGUAG